AUGGCGUCGUCUCUUCCUGCGUCGUCGCUGCUGGCGCAGGGCGCGGCCGCGUCAUCCUUGGCUGCGGCGCCGUCUUCUCUCGCGGCGCCUCCUGCAGGCCGCGUGGCGCGCUCGCGGCUGGCGGGUCCACAGACGAGCGCGACAGAGCUGAGCUACCGCGCGGCGUCUGCGUUCUCGCCCGCCAAGCUUCAGUCGACGUCGCCGCUGCCGCACGUCUCCCUAAUCAAAGUGCCGCCGUUCGUCGCGGCUGCGUGGCACGCUGCCGAGAAGCAGAGCGUCGUCGGCGUCCUCUAUACAGACCCCCAGACGAAGAAGAAAUGCAUCCUCGGCAGCGUGGCGGAGAAGCGCCGGCGCUCCAGCGCCGACGCGGGCGUCGCGGGCGCGGCGCCGCCCUCCGAGGCGGGACGCGGGGGCGCGGGGGACGAGACACACGGCGAGAGGCGACCGGCCGGGGGGAGGGGGACGGGCGCCGCCGCGGCGGCGCCCGUGUGCCAUCUGCAGUGCGUCUCCGUGAAGCCCAACAAGCUUCACGUUUUGCAGCAGCAGAGCGGACCCGGUUUCCCCGCUGCAGCCGAUGUCCUCUGCGUGGUCGGGGAGUCCUCGAACUUCGCGCCGCUCCUCGAUGACGCCUACCAAAGCUUCUUGAGGCGCCGACACGAAAGCAUCGACAUCUUCAAGUCGCGAGGCACCAUCGAAGAGAAACGAAGGGAAACCGGCCUCGACUCCACAGCCACGUUGUUUCACUUCCACACGCCGAAGCCAGGUCCAAAUGCGUCUGGCGUCGUGGAGGAAGAAGACGAAUUUAGCCUGCUGGGCGGUCGACGAGGCGGCAUGAGCGCGGCGGAGGCUGCAAGGACGCGAACUGCAAAGCAGAAGAAGGCCGUCGUCACGAUGGACGAGGACUCGCUCAAGCUGCGGCUCUUCUCCAUCUUCGAGGCUGCGGGCGCAAACGGCCUGCAGCUGAAGCAGAUCGCGAUGCAGACUGGGCAGCCGCUCUCAUUCGUGCGCCAGGUCGUCGAGGAAAUCGCCGAGCCGCGCAAGCGGGCGAGCGACAGAAAGACGGUUUAUUUCCUCAAGGAUCAGUUCAAUCCCUACGCGUCUCUGGCUGGAGAGGAACCGCUAAUGAAGAAGCCAAAGUUGCCCUGA